CAUUUAGUAUACGGCGGACGGCCGCUAACCAAACGCGCGUCUCACACUAUCGCUUAAUAAUGUCACACAUCUGAAUAUAAAAAAGAAGUAUUUCAAUAGCAAAAUGAUCGUGAUUUUACUUGUGUUUGCUGUUGUUGCAUUUUAUUUGUAUGCGACCCGCAACUACGAUUAUUGGAACAAGAGGAACGUUAAACAUGACCCACCAGUACCACCGUUCGGAACCCAUUUUCGAAAUGCAUUCGCUUUUAAGAGCAUCACUGAUAUAUCGCAAGAAUUGUACAAUAAGUAUCCAAAUGAAAAGGUCGUCGGCUACUAUAGAUGGAGUACGCCAGAACUCAUCAUUAAGGAUCCUGAUGUUGUAAGAAGGAUCAUGAGUACUGACUUUAAUCAUUUUUACUUCCGAGGUAUGGCUAGGAAUCCCAAGGUUGACAGAGUACUUUUAAACCCAUUCCACGCAGAUGGAGACAACUGGAGGCUGCUACGGCAACGACUGACGCCGGCGUUCACGACUGCCAAGCUGAAGAAUAUGUUCCCGCUGAUUGUCAAGUGUGCAGAAAAACUACACUCUUUAGGUGAUGAUAUUGUCUCCCGUGGCGGCGACUGCGACAUCCGCGAGAUGAUGGCCAGGUUCACCACAGAAUUCAUCGGGGCAUGCGGUUUUGGUGUAGAGAUGGACACCAUUAACAACGAAAAAUCCCUCUUCAGAGAGUUUGGGAAAUUAAUUUUCAGCAGAACCGCAUUCGAUAUUACGAGAUUCGCUGUUUGGGAAGCUGUACCGCUGGUAAGAGGGUUCUUACCUGUUAUAAAUCCCAAAAUCGAAGAGAUAGCUACAGAAAUCGUCAAAAACGUACGGGAACAAAGGAAUGGGAAACCAUCUGGUAGAAAUGAUUUCAUUGAUCUUCUUUUAGAGUUGGAGUCUAAAGGAAAGUUUACAGCAGAGUCUAUUGAAAAGACAAAUCCUGACGGAUCUCCGGUCAUAGUCGACAUGGAGAUGACCAUGGCUUGCAUGGCGGCUCAAGUAUUCAUAUUUUUCGCAGCCGGAUUCGAGACGUCGUCAUCAGCCACUAGUUUCACUUUACACGAACUAGCUUUCAAUCCUGAAAUACAAGAAAGAAUCCAAGAAGAAAUAGAUGAAGUCUUAUCCGAAUACAAUAAUAAAUUAUGUUACGAGGCUGUAGCGAAAUUGUCUUUGUUAGAUAUGGCUUUCAAAGAGGCAAUGAGGAUGUUCCCUUCUCUUGGUAUUGUAACAAGGGAAUGCACUAGACCUUGUACUAUACCUGAACUGGGUAUUUCCAUCGAUCCUGGUGUUAAAAUUGUAAUUCCAAUCCAAGCCAUUCAAAACGAUGAGAAGUACUUUGAUAACCCAACUGAGUUCAGACCAGAAAGGUUUACACCUGAAGAAGUGAAAAACCGGCAGCCUUUUACGUACAUGCCUUUCGGGGAUGGACCUAGGAUGUGCAUUGGAGCCAGGCUGGGUCAAAUGCAGUCUUUGGCGGGAUUAGCAGCGGUUCUGCAGCGGUUCACAGUGGAACCAAACAAGGACACCAGGAGGAAACCACAGGUCAACCCCCGGUCGAAUGUAGUGCAAGGAUUAGUUGGAGGAUUGCCGCUCAAACUCACGCUGAGAAAGAACAAGACCGCUUCGAAAUGAUGACUAGGCAGACAUUCGUUUUCACACUAUAUGUCUAACAUACUCAUAACCAUAACCAAAUUUUCUUUCUUUUUUUCAUAAAUCUGUUGACAAAGACGUUUAAAGCGAAAAUUAAAUUGUAUACGUACUAAUUGACCGAUCAAAUAGCACUUUUACCUGAUGACAAUUUUAUAUAAGGCUUUUUUUAUUCUAUGAUAUAUUAAUAUAUAUUAUUAUACAUAUUACAUAUUAUUUAUAUUUAUAAUACGAGUAUCUAUUACAAAUAUUACAUAGGAUAAAAAACAAAUUAAAGUUUUGAAAAUUAGCUGAUAAGGUUGCAUACACAUACAUAAAAUGUGUAUAUUCCGCGGAGGGGAAACAAAUAGGUACUUAUAUGGAAAAAAGUAGUAAUUAUUUACGUUUCUGAUAAAUUUUAGCUUAUUCAUCCUUCAGGUGGACAGAUAUUAUUUAAAACAAUAGAAUGAUAAUGAUUCAUAUCACUAUCAUGAUUUUUGAAAAUGAAGAAAAAACUGUAUGAGCAUGUAUAUAUAUACAUAUAUAUGAUAUCUACGAGUAUUGAGUCAUGAAAAUAUUUACAUUAUUGAGUAUAUUAUAUAGAUAAAGAAAAGGGUAUAUCUAUAUUAACAACAAGGUCUUCAAUUAAAUAUUUAAACCAUCCAUCCUUAUAGUCAUGCAUAUAUACGUUGCGGGGUAAACAGAGUCAGCAGUCUUGAAAAGACUGAAAGGCCACGUUCAGCUGUGUACCAUGAUGAUGGAAUUAAGUUUCAAACAGUGACAGGUUGCUAGCCAAUCACCUAUAAGAAGAAUCCAAAGUUUGUGACCUUUUACCUUAGUCGCCUUUUACGACAUCCAUGGAAAGGUACGGAGUGAUCCUAUUCUUAAGUGCCGGAAACCACAAGGCAUGAAAUAUUUAAAAAAGCGGCAAUUAACUGCACUGCAGCAUUUUCUUUAAUAACGACAACUUCACAAUUAUUCAAACUUAGAAUAGAAAUGUGAACGAUAGAACAUAUUGUUAUGAUAAAUUGAUAUUUAAAUAAUAAGUAAUUUUAUUUUAAAUGGAAUGUCAAAUUUAAAUAAAUUUGUGUACAGAGUA